AUUCGCAGUCUCAAGACACCCGGUGGAAAAGAGCUCUGGGGAAACAAACAUAGCAAACACUUAUCGCCUCAUCUUAUCUGGAAUAUUUUCGAUCGGCCGGAAUGGCGACAUGAACAACACCUGCGCACACGUUCCUUUUCACAAUUCCUGUAUUUCUAUUCCAUACGCUGAAAUGGUUCCAGAUGCGAAUUAUGCUGGAAUCACUGCAGCCACGUUCUUGCCUCAUACGCCACUCCACCAAACUCUCACCCUUCCACUCGGCCUGUUGAGCUGGUAACAUGAACGCAGAACAUGAAAAUCACUCCGACAUAGACGAAGACAACGACUACGUUUUUGCGGCAUCUCAAGACGAUAAUAACGAAGAGAAUGCUGUUGGACCUGGCAAUGGCGAAGAUUUGACCGAGGACGAACGAAUAGAAAAAGUCUCCGAAGAAGAAGCGAAAAACGGCCGCAGGCGGGAAGAACAUAGAAAACAUGUUCUCGCCGAGUCUUUUCUGCGCAAGAAUCAAAGAUAUUAUCUGUCGAAGAAGUCCGUGAUAAAGUAUCGAAGUUUGCUAAACGAUAUACAUAUUGAUGCGGUUUAUAACCACGACAAGCUCGGUGAAGAAUCAUCCGGUAUAAAUACGAAGCUUGGUCUUGUGAAGUGGACGAAUAUAGAAGAGGAUCGAUUUUUUACUGCUCUAUCUCGCCUGGGGAAAAACAACAUUCGACAAAUUGCGCGAGCGGUGGGAUCAAAGUCUCAGUUGGAAGUACAGGAGUAUAUUAGGGUUCUACAAUAUGCUGUUGAGGAAACUGCUGCAAAUAAUGAAGAGGGUCUUCUCAAACAGACUGGCAUACCGGCUGCAGUAGAGAUCAGUGAAGGGCUUGAAGGCGCCCUUGAUCGUUUCGCCACCCAUAUUUCAAUCCUGGACCAGAAUUCAGAUAUGUUCGAAGGUAGAAAGAAAUAUGGGCAUGAAUUCUGGCUUAUCGACUCUAAAACAGCCGAAACCAUUGAAAUGCAUAUAAAAUCAGACGAUGUCGAUUCCCCUCAGUCCGGCAUUUUUCAAGUUGCUGAAUUGUUUCAUAUGAAGCAAUGGAUCAAGCUGUCCGAAAAUCUAUUCAUGAAUUCAGGCACGUCCAAUUUUGAGGAUAAUUGGAGAAACAUUGCCUUCAAAGAUGAGAGCCCUUCGCUUACAGCGGAUGCAUUCACUGAGUUUUACAUGCAUGCGGUGAGCAUCAUUCAAAAUUUAGUCAAGGUGUCUCAUCUAUUCGCGCAGGAUCGAUUAGCUAGAGUUCUGCACGCUGAGCGUGAAAAAUACGUGAGAAAAGAAGAUGUUUUGAAAACAUUGACAAUUUUGAACAUGAAAACUAAUUCCUCUGAUCACUUCAUCGGUGCUGCGCGCAGACUGCGACUCGAUGUUGCACAUAUAUCAAAUAAGAGAGGCAAGCAGAAUCGCUACAUAUCGUACGAUGACGUCGAGGAGAUAUUAUCUCGAAGGCGUCCAUAUCGUAGCGGAAAUCCAUCUGCCGAUAAAAGUGGCGGGGAUGGCCUGGAUAGUUCUGACAAUGAGGAUGAGGCCGAUUUAUACUCAUCAGCAGGAAUCAGUGAGGAAGAGGAGGAAGAAGGUGAAGGGGAAGGACAAGAGCCAGAGAAUGAUGAAGGUGGAGAUGGAACUGUUAAAUCAGACGAGAACGAUCAAGCGCUAUCAUCUGUCGAGGAGACGGACAAGCCUUCCGACAUGGAGACUGACAACGAAGACGGGUUCGACCACGAGGUAUCCAGGACUCAGAAUGAAAAUUUUAUUGCCGAAGACGAAAUGCGCAUCGAUGAGUACUUGGAUUAUAUCGACCAAAAAGCCAGCAAGAAUGCUGAAAGAUCCUUACGCGCGAUGCUUCCAUGUCCAGAAAUAGAUAAGCUCCCUCCGAUCGUCAAGGCAGAAUCAGGAUUUGGUGAAAUCCCAUCGGCUCCUACAGUUAAGCGUAUCAAAGACAGUACGCCUGACUGGAGAGAUGAAAUAGUGUACCGGGCUGAAUGGGAAGCCUUCGGAGCUAACCUCCCAGAAAUUGACAGGGCCAUUGCGAGGAACCAUGGGAAAAGGCGCCGUGUGGACUAACAAGCUCCGCGUGUCGACCAUCUUGAACUAUUAUAAUCA